UAAGAAAGCGCACAGUGAUGGAGAACUGGCUCUCUUCUUUUCCUCCCUCCCUGGGGACUGGCAGUCUCCUGGCUUCAGAAGCCCUGUGGGGGCCUCCUUGUGCGUGACACUCCAAGCUUUUAAAGGUGACAGUGGAACGACUUAAGAUCAACAGAGGGCUUGGAAUAAGAAACAACCACAGCUAGCUUUCCUCCUCAGGGCUCCAGUGACAACAGCGAAGGAGCCAUCAGGAGCCUGUGCCACCACUGUCUUUGGCCGAGGCUUGAGCUAAACAGGAUCCAGCUUCUGCCUCUUACCCAGUCCCAGCAACCAGGUGCCCGUGGGACGCACUGCACCUGGCUGGCCUGGCUCGUCCGCAGCGCAGUCCUCCUGCUGCCACUGCAACCAAGAAGCCUGACACGUGCCUGGAGGGGCGCGGAGCGCCAGCUGGGAUCCCCGAGCGAGCAAGCAGAGCGCGCGUGCCGAGGUGUAGUGGGUGCCCACCCUGCGUGACUUGCUCCAAGCUCACCUCAUCCGUCAGCACUCAUUUCCUGUCUAUCACGUGGAGCCAGCACUAGCCCCAAGGAGCCCAUUAAAAGCCAAGAUUACUCCUCUACAGCAUGGUCAUCUGGUACUGAAUCUUUGUGGCAGGCCACAACUGUUCCAUCAAGCCUUCGUAGCAGCCACACUCGACGACACAGCAUAGCUUCUGACAGCGGGGACACUGGCAUUGGAACCUCUUGUUCUGACAGUGUGGAAGAUCAUUCUACUUCAAGUGGUACAUCAUCAUUCAAGCCCAGCCGCUCACUGGUUACAGUUCCCACCGCCCAUGUGAUGCCGUCUCAUUCCAGUUCUUCAGUUUCCAAACACAGGGAAGCACUGGCAUCUGAUGGGUCAAAAUGGAGUACAGGUUUCAUACGGACAAUAGGAAACCGAAAUCGAGGAGAAUUGGACUCUUCACUUGACAUGAAGGACAUACGACCUAUACGAAAAUGGUCAUCUUUGUCUAAACUUAACCUCCCAGAUAACUGUAGUCAAGAUGGCAGUGUUAGAUCUGAGGAAUCGAGGAGUAGUUUGGAUAAGUCAGAGAGAGACAGGGCUUUAAUAGCACAACUAAGGGCAAAUGGUCCCAGCUGCUUACAUGAUAGUAUGGAGAUGCUUCAACUAGAGGAUAAGGAAAUGAGCAAAAUCCGGUCUUCAACUCUGGAUUGUAAAUACAAAUUUGAGAGCUGCAGCAAAGAAGACUUGGGAAUCUCUCCUGCUCAUAGGAGACAUGCCUUAGACAAGACAUACAGUGCCUUACCUGAAAGCAAGUCCUCUAUAACAAGUUCAGAGCCUUAUGAACAAAAAUAUCUAAUGUUGGGCCAGCAGGCUGUGGGUGGAAUUCCUAUUCAGCCGGCUGUUAGAACUCAAAUGUGGCUUACGGAUCAAUUACAUGCAAAUCCUCCUGAUUGUAGGCCUAUUGAUGAAGCUUUUACUUUAGCUCCCUGGCAACAGCAGCACCUUGAAGAAUUCAGACAAGGGAGUGAGCCGCCUAUGCAGGUUUUAACUGGAUCUCGUCAAAAUUAUUCUUCUUCUGGCUACCAUGAUUUCAAUAGAUGGGAAUCUUUAUUGAAAAUCAAAGAAGGAUUGCUAAGGCAGAAGGAAAUUGUAAUUGACAGGCAGAAACAACAAAUUUCCAAUCUGCAUCAGAGGAUCAGGGAUAAUGAAUUAAGAGCACAACAUGCCAUGUUGGGUCAUUAUGUAAACUGUGAGGAUUCUUAUGUUGCAGGUUUGCAGCAACCACAAUAUGAUAAUGCUUCACUUCCGGCUCCAUUUCCUGACCGAUCAAUAUCUCGCUCUGAACAUGAGGAACUUGAACGAAAGCUUGCAUCUGCUGAGAAAGAGCUUUUGCAACUCAAUGAGUUUCUCAAGCAAAGUGCAAGCAAAUCUAAUGAAGAAAAGAAGAAACUGGAAGAGAAGCUUAAAACCAGAGAUAGGUAUAUUAGUAGCCUGAAAAAGAAAUGUCAGAAGGAAUCUGAACAAAACAAAGAGAAACAAAGACGAAUUGAGACCUUGGAAAAGUACCUGGCUGACCUGCCAACUCUGGAUGACGUGCAGAACCAGAGCCAGCAGCUGAAGAUCCUAGAAGAAAAAAACAAGAACUUACAAGAGACUGUAAAAGACAUGGAGAAAAAACUUGGAGAGAUCAGAGCUCAAUAUCAAGAGAAAGAGGUACAGCUAGCCUGUCAACGGAAGAAAGAAAAGGAGUUGGUCACCACAGUGCAAAGUUUACAACAGAAAGUUGAAAGGUGUCUUGAAGAUGGUAUCCGGCUACCCAUACUAGAUGCAAAACAACUUCAAGAUGAAAAUGAUCAUCUCAAAGAACAGAAUGAAAAUGCCAGUAAGGUCAUAGACAGCCAGCAAAAUAAGAUUGACAGAAUGUUGUUAGAAAUUCAGUCUAUGCAAGAAAAACUUUGUCAAGAGAAAUUAGCAACUCAGAAAAUGGAGGAAGAGCUAGAAGAAAAAGAAAAGACUAUAAUGAAGUUAACAGAAACUUUACUUGAAAACCAAAGACUAAGUGAAGAAUAUUCUCCUUUCUUAGAAGAACAGCAAGAGAAACAGUCCAAGCGUCAGGCUGACUUAUCUCUACAGCCACUAUUGAAUUUGAACAUGGUUGAACAAUUGUUCAAGGAAAUGUCCCAUUGUUUGUUUGACUUGAAAGCAUUGUGCAGUAUUCUUAAUCAGAGAGCUCAGGGCAAGGAACCUAAUCUUUCAUUAUUGCUCGGAAUCAGAUCUAUGAGCUCUUCAACUGAAGAGACUGAGAAUGACCAUAGCCCAGAAUCACUGACUAAAAAACUAUCAGACAUGUGCCAGUUACGGAAGGAGAUUGAUGAAUUAAGGACUAUGAUAUCAGACCGCUAUGCUCAGGACAUGGGAGACAAUUGCAUUACCCAAUGAUAAAAGUAUUGGUCCCACAGCAAUAAUGACUCAUUGCUCAAUGCUGCUGUGUUAACUAUUCUUCAUCUUUUCUGUUCAGGAGCCAUAUUGGAAGAUUGCAUUUCUAUUUGACCUGCAUAUAGGUUUUUUCUGUGUAUUGUUUUAUUUUCGGGAGGGAAAGAUAGAGCUGGGAGAUAGUUGUUAAUUGAACUUAAUCAAUCAAGCAAAAAAAAAAAAUACCCAAUUGAUUCAAAUUACCAUUUGAAAAGUACUAUGAAGUCUACAAGAAAAACGCCUCUAUUCUCAAACUACUGAUUGUAGGACCAAGCUGUGAAGAGUGCUAUUCAGAUAAAGAGGUAGGGUUUUUGGUUUUUUUAAAAAUCCAGUGGCGUUUUAAUGUUUAUAAAGGUUUCUGGUGUUAAAGCAAAGGUUCCAAGGAAAGGCACUGAUUGUAUCUCCAUUUAUUGUUCCUUCCAGUAGAAGUUUAUAUUGCACAUUUAGGAUGUUCAAAGGACUCACUGAAGCAAGGUUUACAUCUGCCCUUUUACUAGGGGCAUGGAAGAUGCUUUUGCUAUUGGAACAAUCAUGUUGUUGAAAGAUGCAGUUUUAGGGGUUAGAAAUGUAGUAUGUAGAUAAAUGAGCUACUUUUUAAUGUGCUUUCAAGCUACCUAUUACAGUUGGAAAAGUUUGAUACUAUAAAAUACUUUCAUCACCAAUGUGAGUGAGUUUUCUAACAUUUGUAUUCUUUUCCAACAAAGAGGAUAUUUAUCUUUAGUUUGUGCUCAUAUCUUUACAUAGUACUUACUGUUGAUUUUUUCUUUGGGGGACAGGGUAAGUUAUUCAUCUGAAAAGAACAUUGUGAAUAUAAAGCUUUAUUUAUAGUUAAGACAAAUCCAUAAAGGCUGCAGAUCAUCACCAAAAGGGAAAAUUAAGUAUACUAGGUUUGAUUCUGAUUCUUAAUAUACAAAAUUUUUGUCUGUCAAAAUUUCAAAUUGAAGGCUAUUGAAAAAGUUAGUUUCAAUCUUUAUUCAUAUUUGGAUAUUUACCAACACAAAGAAGAUACAAUCCAAACUUAACUGGUUUCUUUUGUUUUUUUGUACCAAGUUGCAUCUAUUGACAGCCCUUCAUUUAAAGUAUUGGCUUGACCAUGGCAAUUCUCUUAACUUAUACCAAGGUAACGUGUAUUUUUUUAAUAAGCAUAAUUGAAUUUUAUGCAUCCAAAUUAAUUCAGCAUUAUGCGCUUAAUCCAAAAAUGCAGCUAUUGCUUAACAUGCUUUUGAAAAUAUUCUUUUGGCAUUUGCCUUUAGAAUCUAUGGCACACACUUCUUUGAAUAACUUCAUUGUGGAAAAUCUUCAUUAGUGGAGAGUGAUUUUAAUUUUAGGAAGUGACCAAAAGUUAUUUAAUGCCAAAUGCAGUUACUAAAAAGGUAAUAUUUAAUUUGUUUUGUAAAAACUAUAUAGGUGAAGUAUAAUAUUGUGUAGCUGUCAAACUAACAUGAAGGCAAAAACCUACUAAAGAGUAGGUACACAAAUAUUUUGAGCAAUGGAAGCAUCAUUGGAAUAGCUAUGGAGCCCCUUGAGGUGACUGCUUUCAGACAACACUCAUUUUCUUCAUGUAUUCAUUCUGAUGAGAUUCUUUUUUUUAAAAACCAUUGGCCACAUUGUUUUUAGAGGCAGGCCUCAUAUAUAAAAUAUUCUACAGUUUAAGUUCAAGCAACCGUUCUAAUAUAUUCAACUUGGAUCCUGCCCAGUGCCUGUGUAAAAUACUCCCCUGCUAGUAACUGAGGUGAUUUAAGGAGAUACUAACUCAGUCACUAAGGAAUCAUUAAUUUAGUUCAGUAAUGAUGUCUUCCUCUGCAUCUUAAUAGUACAGCAUGGAGUGGUACAGGCACUAGAGAGAAUAAAUAAUGUUUUUAAUUUGUUUUGUAUUUUUUAAGAAAAAAACCCACCUCUAGUAGAAGGUACUAAAGUAGUAAAUUUGCAUCUAAAUAUAUACUGCAAAGAUGAAACUUAAGAAUGGAUGGGUAUUAUAUUUUAAAAUAGCUAAAUUAUUUCUCUGUUCUAUAGAACUGAACUUAUUAGCAUUGGCGAAAAUUGGUAAAAAUGUCUUGAUAGUAAAGCAGAUAAAAUAGGUACAGUCCCUUGGAUUAGACCACUCCCAGCUCUUGGAAAGGGAAAGUCACUGGACUUGGAGUAGACAAUCAAGAAUUUAGGUCACCAGAUAAUCUUGUUUAAAUAUCUCCUAUGCUGUUUAAUAAUAAGUUGGUUUUUUGUUGUUGUUGUUGUUGUUUUUUAUCCUGAUGGUCAACCUUUUUCUAAGUUUGUUUAUUCACUUGGCUUAGUUGUCAUGAAGUCUUUACAGGGCAUUAUUAUUUUAAUAAGUUAAUGUUCUAAAGUGUAUAAUUAAUUUGCACUAAAGUAACUUUAUAGUGAUCGUUUUUAAAAAGUAAAUUUAAUGGAAAACUGGCAAACUAGUACUGUUGCCUUCAGUUGUAGAACUGAAAUCAUCUUAGACUAUUUCUUAAAGAACACAUCUGUGGGCCGUGCCCAUCCCCCUCCCUCUCUCCCCCUAUUACAGUGCUACUUUUUCCACACUUUUAAAAAAAUAGUGUAUUUGUUUUACUGGAAGACUCAAGAAAGAGAGUUGGGCCAGCCAGAAAUGCUGCAGUAACCUGUUUAAAUAAUAACAUUACUUUGAAAUUGUAGAUGUUUAGAAAUUAUUGCAAUGGUAUAUGAAAAGAAUAUUCAGAAUUUAAAUUUAACUUACUUUGAAGGUUCUCUUUAGUGUGAAAACCCUUUUAAUGCACUAUUGUGACUGUAAAUGUGCUUGGUCCUUAGGAAGGGCCUUUUAAUACUCACUGUAUUAACCUUUGAAUAUUGGUCAUUUGAAUUUUAAAUUAUGAAUUCAAUCUGUUUCCUUCACUUGAAAACUGGGAGAUAAAUGGCAAGUGUCUCUGCCAAAGACCUAAAUUAAUCUGUGUAGAUCAAAUUACCUGACCUCACAGGCACAAUAGUUAUCAUUCAUUUGAUGUCAGCAAAUACUCGUUGGUGGUAUUAAGCUCUUGGCAAAUCUGUAUUCGUUUAUAAUGGCCUAUCAAAUUGGAAGAAGAAUAAGCUUGGAUUGUGUAAGAUAUCCUGGAUCGUUUACCUGGUUGAAAAUACUUUGUUGACCCAUUUCACAUAUGUAACAAGGUUGCUUAAUAUUAACAGUGGCAUAAUUUAGUGAAACCAAUUUUAGUCAUGGACAGUUUGUUAAACUGCUUUAGUCAUGAUAAUUUUCUUCAGUAGCUAUUAAGAGACAAUCUCAAGGCUGGAAAAAAAGUUGAUGAUAAAAUGGAUACUGUACAGUUCUGUCUUAGUGGGCUAAAUUAUUAACCUAUAUAUAGCUUUGUGAUUAAUUUUUUAGGAAUUGGUGAGCAUAUUUUUUACAGAAAUGACUGUAUUAAAACUGUACUUUAAAAUAUCAGUAAUUGUUCUUUGAGCAAAGAACAGUUGAGGCCCUGAACUGUACGUAUUUAUGUAGUGUAGUUGUGCUUCGACACACAUCUAGCUUGCAUUAUUAGCAUCUGUUGUAUUGGUUUGUAUCAUUGUAUAUUUGUAAUUAAAGUAAUAAGCAAUUCUUAGAAUGACCCCCACACUCAGGCUAAACAAUUUGAAACUGCCAGUAGAUGCAGCCACAAGAGCCAAAGUUAAUUCUUUUUCCAUUUUUGACAGUUUGUUUCUCUUCUCCACAAGCAAGAGAAAAGCUUUCCUAUUUAGUAUAUCAAGAGACAGCUGUACCUGUCCUAACCCCCAGUGAUCUUGCUGUCGAAUUUUACUCAUCUAUAAUCUUGUUUUUCCAUAAAGGCAUUUAUCUUGGUGGGGGAAAAGAAAUUUGGGGAUCUAAUUUUCCUUUUUAAUUAAAAUAUUAAUAUUGAACAUGGUUAGAUUUCCAAAUUGAUAACUCAGUUAGCAAUAUUAAUUCCACAGUUGUACACAGUCAGCACCCUUGUGCCUUUUUGCCUGCAGUACAAAUGUUCAUUUCCAUUUUACAUAAGCUAUAAGAAUGUCGAUAAUUAUUGCACCUUGUUUCUUCUUUAAUUAGACUUUCUUAAGCUUUUUUUUUCCCCAACAAAGAAAAAUAUUUAAUAAAUAUGGGAGUAGGUUCUAGGCAUUUGUCUUUGGAGCUGAGCUCUUGACCCCUAUGAAGUGAGCAGGAACCUCCAUCAGAAUGUAUUCAUUUGUAUCUAUCAAUUACAGUAUUGCAUAGGUGUGAGAAGUAGGGUGCUAGGCAGUUACAUUAAAAGCACAGCAGUGUGUAUUAUUAGAUCAGUCUCUUUGACUGGUAGUUUUAGUAAAUUGGGUUCAGUUUUUGAACCAUUCAGAAUACCUCAUGUGUAAAUACAGUUGUCAUGACUUAAUUGAAAUGCAGUCAUUGUAAAAAGGAAGUGAAGCCACUGGAUGGCUUAUGCCUUCAGGCCUAUCAUUCUUGCCUCUUUGUGUAAAGGGGUUGUUUUUGUUUUUUUGUGUGUGCGUGUUUUUGGGGGGGUUUUAUAUUUUAAAAAAAUAGGGUUUACAGCUAGAAUUUUGAAUGCCAAAGUUCUAUUUAUUAAAUAAAAAGAAAGUUUUCAAUGUUAAUGGCUAGUAUUUUUCCACUGGAACACUGUUUGUUGAUGUUUGGAUUUGUAUUU